AGAGCAAUGACGGAAGGACGAGCCCUGGCCGCCCGAAGAGGAAAUCGGAAAUGCCGAGUGAAGACUCACACUCACUUAACUUUCUGCCACAGUUCACCACGCGCGAAGCUCCUCUUUCCCUCAACAAAAGCUCUGGAAAGAAUCUAAGGACAGAGAAUCCCACAGCAAAUUUCGUUCUGCGCUCAAGUCCUAAAUUAGGCACGACCCCACCACCGCCGAGCAGACAGCUACACCUCACUCCAUCUGCGUCGAAAAUCACCGACACCCGCAUAAGCAUCUGCAGUGUAGAUAGGAUGACGCAGGGGGCCGUGGCGGUCGCCCCGGGGCUCUCCUCCUUUCUCAAAUCUCUCAAAACAACUCCUGCAGACCCAUCUGUGGAGCACUUUAUAUCACUCCUCAAGCGACGACAGAUCCGCAACUCGCGACCAUGCGCCAUAGCCACUACUGCCCUCAUGCUCCGCGUCGUGGGAGAGUUUAAAGGACGGGAUGCAGCGAAGCUCAUGGAGCGGAUACGACAGGUUGGCCGGCGGUUGACGGCAGCACAACCUCGCGAGGUUGUCGUUGGCAAUAUCGUACGUCGAGUGCUCGGUCUAGUGAGAGAGGUGCUCGACGAGAACGUUGGUGGAGACACGAACGGAGGGUUCGAUACGGGCCGCAACACACCUACGCAGCCUCACGACUCCAUGACCAGGCCGACACUAGCCUCGAGCAUAUCUACCUUCAGUCCGCUCAAGCAUGCGGCUGUAGAGCCUAUGGAUGCAAGCCUGCACCAGUCCGACAUGUCUGAGUCAGGGGAAUUGCCAAAGCGGCCUGGGUUACUCACAUCUCAUACCUCCUAUGCUCCCGCUUCAGCUGCGCCUCUGGUUAACUCACUAUUCGGGCUUUUCUCCCAGCCGACGGACACACCGUCGAAUGCAAGCACGCCUACCGGAUACACAUCCCCCGAGGGAAAGAGUGCGCACAGUCUGAACCUGGAACGACUAGCGGAUCUUAGCAAAAGCCAGCCAAAUCUUGAUCUAAGAGCUGAAGUCAUGGACGGCAUCAAAGAGCUGCAGGACGAGUUGGAGCAGUCAGACGAGCAGAUCGCCAGCGUGGCCCUCGAGCAUAUACAUUCAAACGAAAUCAUCCUCACCCACACAGCGUCAACAACCGUUCAGAAGUUCUUGCUUAGUGCGGCAAGAAAGCGGAAAUUCACGGUCGUGCAUGCAGAGACGUAUCCCCACGAUAAUACUGCCACGCACGGCAUCCUGCUCACUGGGAGAAAGCGAGAAGGACAUGUGCAUGAUGAAGAGGAUCAGUGGAAACCGCUCACUUCUGUUGGGAUUCCGGUCUACGUCAUCCCGGACUCGCAUGUCUUCGCCAUAAUGUCACGCGUCAAUAAGGUCAUUCUAGCAACGCACACCGUAUUAGCGAACGGAGGCCUUGUGGCAGCCGCAGGCGCACAUAUGAUCGCAAAGGCAGCCAAAGAGCACCAGACACCGGUUGUCGUGCUCAGUGGCGUGUAUAAGCUGAGCCCAGUAUAUCCCUUCGACAUCGACGAGCUCAUCGAGUAUGGAGAUGCCGGGAGCGUGGUCCCAUACGAUGACGGUGAAUUCGUGGAUAAAGUAGAUGUCGAGAAUCCGUUGUACGACUAUGUGCCGGCCGAUCUGGUCGACCUCUACAUCACCAACCUUGGCGGGCACGCGCCUUCGUAUCUCUAUCGUAUCGUGGCAGAUCACUAUCGCUCGGAGGAUAUUACUCUAUGAUCGGCAGGACCACUGAACGAGCGUGAAAAUGAGAAAGAAUUUAAGCUACUUGAGUAGCUGUUUAAGAGAGCAUUUGACUUGUAUACUGCUGAAAAGAGCGGAUAGAAGAUGAUUUGCAUCACCUCCUUCAAAUAAUCCACCAUUCUUGAGAAGGCUGUGCACCUUCUCCCUGUGCUGAAUUGGUCAUGCUCUCGAACUUGCUUACUGCAGCUGGUAUCAGCUGGCAAGCACUUCUGAAGUUUCCA